GGAGAGAGACACCGAGUAAGUGAGGGAGGGGGAUUAUAGGGAGGAAAAGGCGUUUCCAUUCUCAAACCGGCGAGACAGUCAGUAUAACACACGGGCACGACCGACAGACCGAGCGGAGAUAACCGAAAUAAAUCACAUCGGUUUAUAACCACAGUGAAUAUAAUCACAUCGAGAUCUGCUGAUGUUUUCACUCUGAACUGAACUGAAAGCGUGAAGCGGACCUCAGCCGUCAUCACACCCGGGAACACAACACAACAUCAUCACCAUCAUCAUCAUCAUAAAAUAUGUCGGAGUACAGCUCACUGUUGAGUGACCUGUCUGACAACAUCACUAAUGAAGACCUGGAGCAGCUGAAAUCAGCCUGUAAAGAGGACAUCUCUGAAGAUCAGAGCAACUCCAUCACCUCCUCCAGAGACUGGUUCACCUACCUAGAGAAAAAUGACAAACUGACACAAGAUGACUUAACUUACAUCGAGCACAUCUUUGAGAUCUCAAGGCGACCUGACCUUCUGACCCGGGUCAUUGAGUACCGCACGACCGUGCUGAAGAUCUCUGAAGACGAUGAGAUUGACACCAAACUUACACGCAUCCCCUCUGCCAAGAAAUACAAGGAUAUCAUUCGCCAGCCGUCAGAAGAUGAGAUCAUCAAACUGGCCCCUCCGCCGAAAAAAGCAUGAGGUUAAAGUUUAAGUCUUCUGCUCCCUGGCACUUCAUCAUGCCCGUCGUCAUCACUAAACCACACCCACUGCCGCGCCCACUCCAUCACCCACAGUGCAGAAGCCAAGCAGCCAAUCAGAUUGCCAAGAUGCUUUACAGCUACAUGCCCAAGCCACGGAGGCACACAAAUUAUGGAAAUUUAGGAUGAAAAAGAAGCCAUGGACAAAAAGACAAAAGUACAGUUGCAUUUGUUAAGUGAAGGGGUCCAUGUUGUAUGUAUGUGUGUGUUGAAUGAAAACAUUGUGUUUAUUCACGCUUGUUUGAGAGAGAGAGAGAGAGAGAGAGAGAGAGAGAGAGACAGAGAGAGAGAUUUGAUUUAAAGAAGUUGGUCAGACCAACCUGAUAAGAAGUUUGUCGUUUCUUGACGUGCCACCGGGCUAAAUGGUGUGAAUCUAGAAGAGAUAACGCAUUUAGAUGCUCCUUAAGCCACACUGACUAUAUAGCUAGUAAUGUGGGUAGACCUGAGGUCAGUACAUUCCCUUUAAAAAGGAAAAAAAACUAAAAGAGUCAAUAACUGUUUGAAUUUUGAAUUAAUCUUUGAAUUUGUGCGAUUGCCACAUAGAAAGCCAAUAUUUGCCUUCUUUAGAUAUCUAAUGCAUUAUUUCAGGGUAUGCAAUUACCUACAUACAGUAGAUAAAUUCAUAUUGCUUUUUAUAUUUCUGUAUUUCCUAAUCAAAGAAAAGAUAGUUUAUUAUAUUCAGGAUCAAUCUUAGACAAAUAUCAUUAUAAAUGAAGGUUGUUAUAGAUGUCUGUCUCGAGGGUAAAAUUAGGCGAUACCUCCUACAUCAUAAAUCAGUAUAGCAAAAAUAUCCACAGACGAAAUUAGCUAAAAAUGCAAAAGUAUGUUUAUAAUAACUUUCUAGCUCCAUGACUGCAGUAUUUGCAUUAGUAAAUAGAAGGCAUAUAUUUUUUACUAAAACUGUGAAUUAUUUCAAUGUCUCAGAAUGCCAUUAUGUGAAACAUUAGGACGCUGUUUUCAGUCUAUAGAGAGGACGCAAAACUACGAAUGAAAUAAAAAUAUAUUUAAAAUAGGUUAAACAUAUAAAUGUACAUCUACAGAACUCUACAUGGCCAAAAAUCUGUAUGCAUCUCUGAUUGCUAACGUAUAUCAGAGAUCCAAACAGUGCAUCAUUUAUACCCUUUUUUUCUGUUUGUACCUUUGUUCCUUUAUCGUAAAAGUGUAUUUUAAUAAGCAAGUAAAGGAUAUAAACAUCCAUCUUCAUCCAUUUUAACACAGCAGGAUCAUGCUGUGGUUAUAAAUAUGAAUAUUAAUGACUGUUUGAACUCGAAAUGUGCUUGAUCACUGUGCGUCACAUAGCUCAGCCUUAGACUGUUGUUUUCACUUUAUAAAUGCGACCGCAUUUCCACCUGCGCAUGAGAGCAGCAUGCAUCAUUCAGUUACUGUAUCGUCUGUGACUCCAAAUGAUGUUUUGUUAGUUUGAUGAAGAGAUGCGGACGGGCACCGUUACUUUAAUCCCUUACUGCUCACUUUGAAAUGAAAGUGUGUAACAUUUAGAAAAGCUCACUGUUGCCGUUUUUAAAUGUAGAGAUCAGAGGAGUAAAAUCGUCUUGCAACAUCUAAAAGAUAAUGUUGCCACCUUAAAUAAAUCCCCAAAUUAAACAUACUUAACCUCAAGUCAUUGCAAAACUGUUUGAGUAUAUCAGUGAAAGUGAAUGGGGACUAGAGAUGUAAAUCACACACACUACUACUACUACUCUCAUAUUUCUGUGAAGCUCCUUUGCUAUAGAAAUUAAGAUGAAUGUUGUUCUUCACACAAGGCCGCAGGUCAUCAUUCACUUUCAUUGUAUACUGUUAAACUUUUAUCUCUUGUAAUGAUGUGAGGCUGAGUAAAUGAUGAAUUCUGAAACUUAUUUUAACACUUCUCAAAGCAUUUCAAUCCAGAUAUUCACUGUACAAAAAGUCAGAAAAGAUCCCCUCACUUUGAAAACAGAUUGUACAUUAUAUUUAUUCUAGAGCGGUUUUGUUUUUAUGUGUUGUUGUAUUGAUGUUUCUCGAUUGUGUAUAGUUAUCAUCUUGUGAAUUUUGCUGUGUGUGACAUUGUGACUGUGGUAAUGUUCCUGAGGUAGUUUGUCUCCCUGGACACGUGUGGCCAAAACUCUUUAAAAUCGCUCUCAUAAGAUAAACCAUCACCAGUCUUUUCUUUAUAUACGUUCGGUCGAUUUGAUCAGUGAUGUUAUGGUUGUUUAUGUUUGUUAUUAUCUUGUGUUUAUCAGGAAUUCAGCACCUGAAUCCUCUGCUAUAGGUCAGCUCUCUAUAUGCUAUAGCUCAGUGCUUCCAAAUCCUGGUCCUCGAGUACCCACUUCCAGAAAGUCUCCUUAUUUAAAACCCUUAUCACCCUCUUUCCAAAAUGGUAAACAUGUCUCACUAACAAGUUGAUGAGUUAAAUCAGAUGUGUUAAAUAAGGAGACAUCCAAAACAUUCUGGGAGGGGGUCCUCAAGGCCAAGAUUAGGAAACAGUGCUAUAGCUAGUUUUCCGUACAACUUCCCCAAAUCAGAAACUAAGGGCUUGGAAUGUCCUCGUAUCACUUACGAUGGUUAUUGUUUCAGCAGGUGCUCAUAUAGUUUUGUCUGUAUUAGUGGGCUGUUUUAAGCACUGUGCUUUGCGUUUACAGUAAUUUCAUUGGGUGGUCUUAUGAAAUCCAUCCCCCGGAGCAUUCAAGAAGCCAUAUGGCAUACUUAGUCACCCAUAAUAAUAUGAAUUUUCUCAUCUACAAGGAAAUACGAAGCUUUUUUCUCUUUACAAUGUCUUUCCUCUAUGCAGAGAAUAUUUGGCACUGUGCAUGCAUGUGUGUCGCCUCUUUCGCUUGGAGACACAUUUUGUCAUUAUUAACCACUAUGUGCAAUCCUCCACACUAUUCUGUGUUCGGCCAAACAAAAUGGUGUGAAGACAUAUAAUCUGUCAUUUGAUUGUCAAAUUGGAUGUCACGGUAUUAAAAAACAUAUCAGCCUUGAUGAUGCUGCAAAAGCAAGAAAAUGCUCAAGAUUCAUCAUUAUUGGCAUAACAGGAACACCGAAUCUCUAGUGUUUUAUUUAGUCUUAGUUUAAAUACGAGCAGAAAAGCACUGCGAUCUAAUGAAAACUGAAGAUAAACAAAACAUUAAAUCAUGAAAACUGUUAAGAAAUGUCUGGGUCACAUUUCACCCCAACACCAAGAGAAAACACGAAAUUAAGUUUUGCAUAUAGAACAGAAGCACGUUUCGGAUUUUUGACGUCACGGUUAAAUUCUUAUGUGAUGUGAAAUGAAUUAACGUCACGGUUAAAACCUAAUGUAAUGUGAAAUUAAUAAUUUUUUGGUUCACGGGGUAAGAAUGACGUUUAAAGACAUUACAGAUGUGUGGUAAUGCAGGCGUAACUUUCUACGCAAAAUGUUUUCUUUCGACUGGGGUGAAAUGUGACCUGCGCAUUUCCAUGUGAGAAUAAUUUGUUGUUAAUGCAUUAAAAAGUUUGUUCUGUACUUAAGUUGUACAUAUAAAGUAUAUUGUGGAUUUAUACGAGCGUGUUUUAUUAUGAAUUAAUUUAUUCAAUGCAACUGUAUGUUGUUUUGGUGUAUUGAAGUAUGUUUACUAACUGGAUACGGGGAACACAUCUAAUAUUUUAAACGUGCUCAUUGUAAUGUAAGACAAGAGGCUCAAGAUUUUUUUAUUUUUACUUUUGAUAACAUCAUAAUUUCCAUGUCAUUUCUUUUUCUUUUUACAUUUCAAUGAUUCAGAUGCUUGUUCUCUUAGUAAUAAUACGGCCGUUCUAAACGUGUUGUUAAAGCCUUGUCAUGUUGUGAAACGUUUGCAUCGUAAAUGCAACAAAACCUUUAAAGAUCACUCAUUUUUGUAUUGCAAGUUCCCAUCAGGUUGUAACAAUGAGGAGGGCAGUUUUGCAUAAAGAUUAUAUCACAAAACAUUGGUUGAUGUUUGACACAGGGAUUAUAAGAUUGAUUGUAAAUGGUCGUUCACAUUAUGACGAUAACUAUAAUGAUAACAUUAGCGUCCACACCACCGGAUGAUAACUUUAUGCUACUCGUGCAAAUCAUGGCAUUAACUAAUACUGCAUAUUUCCUUUAAUAAAAAAUAGAUCAGAAAGUGAUCCCAAAUUAUAUUGUUCAUUGUAUCGUUAUAGUUCCCUUUAAAAUAAAAUUAUUUUAAAAACUUUUUUUUACAGUUAUCGUUAAAAUGUGAAUGGCCAGAAUUAUGAUGGUGUUAAAAUAUGGUUUGGUGUGAAGAUUGAAUGGAUUGUAGUAUAGCGGGUUAGUAAAUCUAAUGAUAUCUGAUAUAUAAACCACAAAAAUAAUACAGAGAAAAAUUAUUACUGUAAUUAUAUGGUAAGGAAAAUUAUCUUUAAGGACACCAUUUAUUUUUGAAGUGCAGCAAAUUCUGCCAUAACUUACAGCUGUAAUUUGCAAAUUAAAUAUUUUUGUUAUUUUACAGUAAUGAAAAUGUGAUUUCUUCGUAUUACAGUAGGUUACUGUUGUUUUUAGCGUGUUAGGACCCUAAUGUCACAAUGCCAAAAAUAUUUGUCUAAAAAAGUUGGUUUUAGAGUGAAAAUGGAUUACCAGGACAGUAUCGGUUUAUAUGUAAAAGAUGUUAUUUCUUAUCCAGAUAUUUAAGUGGAAAUAUUAAUGUAAAGAAAGGAAUAUGACGAUAAAUUAAACAUUAUAGUUCCCACUGAAACGGACAGAUCAUUUAAUAAUGAACAUAUUUAAUGACGCAAACAUGCAUGAGAUUCAGAUGGAUGUGUUACAGUGUGUGUUGUGUACAGUAGAGAGCUGCAGUUUGGUUGUGUGUUGUAGGUUCUUCUGGAAAGGCAGUUGUGUGGUGACAUUGAUGAUCUGGAUUUGGGUAAAUUAGUUUUAGACAGAAGGAUUUGUUUUGUGAUUUAUAUUCUUUAUAGUCAUAGAUGUCAACUGGAUUUACACAAACAGUUAAAUUAAUUAACAGAAAUAAAACAUCAUUGGUUGGGGUAGCACCGUGCUUAUUUAUUGACUUUUUUUUUAACUACAUGAACUUCUCUUAAUUCAAACUACACUUUGUCAUAUUCUGCUUUGCGGAUUGUUCCUGUUGAUAAAACCUCUGUGUUAUUUUUCCUCUUUGAUCCUGUCAGCGUUUCUUCAGUAUUGUUUUUCUCUCUUUCGUCUUAUGUUGUAAUGAAAGCUACAAAAGCUCAAUAUGGAAAAUGUUUGUUAAAUAUUACAUGCAGUGUGGCUUCUCUCUCGGAGUACAUUAGGCUGAACAGAAAUGAUGCCAUUUUGUCAUUGUGCUUAAAUAUAUAAAUAUUAUAUUGUAUAUUAAAAUAUAUUUGCUAACCUAUGAA